UUUUUUUGCUUAGCGACUGACAACAGGCCGGUUGCUCCGAGUAGAAGCCUUUGGUCUUCUUCCAAGUAGAAGUGGCCUGGCCUGAGAUUGAAGUGAGACCCUAGCCCUAGGCUGGGGUUCUUUCCACAUAGAGGAGACGGAUUCAGAGGGGCUACAGACCAAGAUCGUUGAAAACCAGACAUAUGAUGAGCGUCUAGAGAUUAACGACUCUGAAGAGGUUGCGAGUAUUUAUGCUCCAACCACAAGACACAAAGGAGAAAAAGAAGACCUCGCAGCUCACGCCUCAGCGGGGCUUUAGUGAAAACGAUGAUGAUGACGACGAUGAUGACUCAUCUGAAACUGAUUCUGAUGAUGACGAUGAUGAUGACGAAGAGCACGGGGCCCCUCUGGAAGGGGCCUAUGAUCCUGCAGAUUAUGAGCAUUUGCCAGUUUCUCCUGAGAUUAAGGAACUCUUCCAGUACAUCAGUAGGUAUACACCUCAGUUGAUUGACCUGGACCACAAACUGAAACCUUUCAUUCCUGAUUUUAUCCCAGCUGUCGGGGAUAUUGAUGCAUUCUUAAAGGUUCCACGUCCUGAUGGAAAGCCUGACAGCCUUGGCCUACUGGUACUGGAUGAGCCUUCUACAAAACAGUCGGACCCUACAGUGCUCUCACUUUGGUUAACAGAGAAUUCCAAACAACACAACGUCACACAACAUAUGAAAGUAAAGAGCCUGGAAGAUGCAGAAAAGAAUCCCAAAGCCAUUGACACAUGGAUUGAGAGCAUCUCUGAAUUACACCGUUCCAAGCCCCCUGCAACUGUGCACUACACCAGGCCUAUGCCCGAUAUUGACAUGCUGAUGCAGGAAUGGUCUCCAGAGUUUGAAGAGCUUUUGGGAAAGGUGAGCCUGCCCACAGCAGAGAUUGAUUGCAGCCUGGCAGAGUACAUAGACAUGAUCUGUGCCAUCCUAGACAUCCCCAUCUACAAGAGUCGGAUUCAGUCCCUCCAUCUGCUCUUUUCCCUCUACUCGGAAUUCAAGAACUCACAGCAUUUUAAAGCUCUAGCUGAAGGCAAGAAAGCAUUCACCCCUCCAUCCAACUCCACCUCCCAAGCAGGAGACGCAGAGACAUUAACCUUCAGCUGAGACACCUCCCACGUCACUGUUUCAAGGCUGAGCUGGCUUCUCUGCCCCAUCUGAGAAGGAGGGAUCAUUGUCAGCCACUUGGCGGCCUUGCCUGCCUCACAGCUUGAUUCAGAGACAGCGCACGUCUUACUGCCCUCUCUGCCAGAAAGCACUGCCCAUGGUCGUUAAAUGGCUAAUGCCUGUGUCAGAGUUCCUUCCCAUGGAAAUUAAUUAUGCAUCUACACCACUGUGGGGAUGUGAGUUAGAAGCACUGGAAUUCCUGGGAUCCCAGGAUGCUCAGGUUGGGAGGAAGGCUUAACAGAUGUUCUUUUGAGAUAACAAUAGAAUUAUUUUCUUUCAUUCUUAAAGUUAGUUGGCAAAGAUUUUACAAAUAAAAUGCUCUUAUCUUUCAGGUUA